AAACUCUUGCCUCGGACGAGUAUGUUUUCUUAAACCAAUCUUAAAAUCUGAAAACCAUAAAAUAAUGUAAUUGUGUCAUAGUCAUUUAGCACACGAACCCAUAAAUAUUCCCAUAAAUUCUCCUUUCCUUCUUCAACAAUCACUCAUUGGCUCAUUGGUAGUAGUACUCUUUUAACACUAGUGCUUAGUGGGAAUAUGUUAUGUCCUCCACCAACAAUUUUUUCAUCCCAUUUGAAAUAGCACCAAUAUUAAUAAGGACCACCCUAGAAGAUAAAAGUGAUUCUGAGUUUCUUCGACUCUGUUUCCAUCAUUAGAUCAACAAAGCUCUUUGUGCGGCGCAGAAAUAAGGUUUUUGAGAAUUUUCUGAUUAAUUUAUGUUCCUAGAAUUAUUGUUUUUGCUUUCUAGAUUGAUUGUUGUUUUUAUGGGAAUCCAUAUUUAUCCCAAUUCUCGAGGACGGCGUUGUUGUCACACACUAACGCUCAUGCAAAUGAUGACUCUAGAAAUAUCAACAGAUGUCAUGUUUCAUUGGAAUUCGAUACAUAAUGAACACUGAAUCGCUUGAUCGAUGUUAUAUCUGAGAUUUCUCAGAAGAAAAUGGAGAAUGAGACAGAAUUGAGGGUUGUUCAUCAAGAAGAAGAACAACAACAACGUGAAGAAGGAGAAGAAGAAGCACAGCCACAAAACCCACCACCCUUACGACGUCGUUUCGUGAUAUAUCUUUACGUUGGAUAUUUUCUUGCAAGAUGGAGUGCCAGAACAUGGGAAUUCUCUGUUGCUUUGUAUAUGAUCCACUUGUGGCCAAACUCUCUGCUUCUAGCCGCGAUUUAUGGUGCUAUAGAAUCUGGUUCUACUGCAAUUUUUGGUCCCAUUGUGGGGCAAUGGGUCGAGGGAAUGGACUACGUUAAAGUUCUCAGACUCUGGCUCUUAUUCCAGAACCUCUCCUACACUAUUGCUGGUGGUGCAGUCAUCAAGUUGUUGCUAGUUUCCGAUCUUAAGUCCCGCAAUCUCGCGGUGUUUGCAAUAUUGGUUGUGUUAACGAAUGUUGCUGGCGCCAUUGGAGUGCUUUCUACUCUUGCUGGCACCAUUCUGAUCGAACGAGACUGGGCUGUGGUUAUGUCAGAAGGUCAUCCUCCAGCUGUAUUGACAAGAAUGAAUUCUGUCAUUAGAGGCAUUGAUUUGAGCUCCAAGCUACUCUCUCCAGUCAUCACUGGUCUGAUCAUCAGUUUUGUCUCUCUUAAGGCGUCAGCGAUAACUUUUGCAGCUUGGGCCACUAUAACAGCUUGGGUUGAAUAUUGGCUCUUCAUUUCUGUGUAUAGUGGUGUUCCUGCGAUAGCACGAAGCAAUGAGAGACGGAUCUUGCGUUCCCGGACAAAGCAAGUAGAAGGAACAGAUGCACCUGUUUCUGUAUCUAAUGCUCCGGGAACAGAGGAGAGUUCUACUGGAAACCCACCGUGUAGAACCGGAAUCCGGAAGAUUCUUAAUAGAGUAUCCAAGUCCUCUUUUGUUAGCGCAUGGAGAAUAUAUUUCAAUCAAGAAGUUGUACUCCCCGGGGUUUCUCUACCUCUCUUGUUCUUCACCGUCCUUAGCUUUGGAACAUUGAUGACGGCUACAUUGCAGUGGGAAGGGAUACCUACAUAUAUAAUCGGUAUAGGCAGGGGAAUAAGUGCAACGGUUGGACUAGCAGCUACAUUAGUGUAUCCGUUAAUGCAAUCUCGUCUCUCAACGCUAAGAACCGGUCUCUGGUCCUUCUGGUCUCAGUGGAGCUGCCUUUUGGUCUGCGUUGGAUCAAUUUGGGUUAAAAAGGAUAAAAUAGCAUCUUACAUGCUAAUGGCUGGAGUUGCUGCUUCAAGGCUUGGCUUGUGGAUGUUUGAUCUUUCCGUCAUCCAACAAAUGCAGGAUCUUGUUUCAGAAUCCGACCGUUGUGUAGUUGGAGGUGUUCAGAACUCACUGCAAUCGGCUCUUGACUUGAUGGCAUAUCUAUUAGGUAUCAUUGUAUCCAAUCCAAAGGAUUUCUGGAUAUUGACGUUGAUAUCAUUCUCCACUGUAUCGUUAGCAGGAAUGCUCUAUACAAUUCAUCUCUACCGGAUUAGAAACCACAUUUUUCACUUUGAGAAGAUUCCUUUGUUGAACAAAUGUUUAUUCAAGUUACUCCCUACUCGUGGAAACAUGUAACUAAUGUUGUGGAAUGUGCCACCAUUUCUCACUAAUGGGAUAAUUUUAUGAAAAGACCA